AUGUCUGACAACAUUUCAACAAUCUACGCGAGAGCAGUGGCAGACGCCCAAAGAGCAGUUCAAUAUGUACUCGAGAAUGCUCCAGGAGCAUAUGAAAGAGGGAAAGAUGCUGCCGUGAUUGUUGCUGCUAAGGUUCAACCUGCUCUCAACUCUGCCAUGGAGAAAACACCAGUCCUCAUGGAAAGAUCCAGAAUAGCGGCAGAGCAGUUGUAUCAGGAUGCUCCCAGGCAUCUAAACACCGCGAAGGGUGUGGCAGGACAGUUAUAUCAGGAUGCUCCGAGACAUUUAAACACCGCAAAGAAAGCGGGUAUAAAUGCUCUUGAGAAUCCUAGACAUUCUGCAACAACAGUGUUAGCCACUUUGGGGCCUGUCGUUCGCAAGCACCCAUAUGUCAGCGUUUUUGGAGCCUGGGCAGCACUGGCUGUGGCAUUCGGGCCCCUCUGGCCUAUUCGUGCUCUAUUAAAAGUAUUUGGAUUUGGUAAAGGUGUCACUCCUGGAUCGAAUGCGGCAUCUUGGCAAUCGCGACAAGGAAACGUGCAACGCAAUUCAUGGUUUUCUUUAUUUCAAUCCUACGGAGAUAAAUUAAGUUAA